UUUAAAUGUCCACUCUCCAAUAUACCCCAGAGAUAUCAGCAAGCUUGGAUACGACAAAAUUGUCUAAUAAAAUUGCUACUAUCGAAAGCAACAUUGCAGAAGUUAGAAAUGAAAAAUAUGCAAAAUAAGCUUGCUGAGAACAUUCAAAGAUUAUUUUUGAGCAUGAAUGAAACUUUCUUAAGAGAGUUUAUAUCAAAAGAUCAAUCGCCAGAAGAAUCUAAGGAAAGUCCUAGAGAAGACCCUAUAAUCAAAAAGAUGAAAGAAGCAUUCUGCUUUUACCAAGAAGGACUUCGGAACUUCAUCACUGAUCACCACAAAGUUCAAAACAAAGUCAUUAAAAUUCAACAAAAAUUGGAAGGAUGCGAGCAUGAUAUUUCUAACAAGAUUUACAGAAGGGAGUUUGAUCAACUUUUUGAAGAUAAGACAAUGAAAUUUAAAGUUAAAAUCAAGUCAAGAAUAACCAAAGUGGAAGAUCACAUUCAUCAAAUAGAGACAAAGAAUGUAGACCAUUCAGUUGAAGUCAAACAAGCUGUAUAUAAGAUUGAAGAAGACACUAUCAAGAAGUUAAUCAGACUCAAUGAUCAACUCAAGAAUAAGAUGGAUAUCAAUAGUGUUUAUGAUCAUGUCCAGUUCGAAACUAAGGCAAUAAAAGAAGAACAAAAGAAUGCAAUUGAAGAUAUCACUACUAAACUCGAGAAUAGAUUUAACAAGCUUCAUACAAAAUACCUAGAAAUUGACAUUAAGAAUAACCAAAUUACAUCAAGUAUUUCAAAUUUAAGCAACCAGAUAAUUGUACUUGAGCAAGAUUUCAAAGAUCAGAAGGCUGAAAUUAUAGAACAAGUAUCCGGAAUGAUUGAAGAUAGAUUAGAAUCAAAGCUGCAACCUCUAGAACAAUCAAUCCAUAAUAUUGAUCAAAAGACAAAGGAAAGAUUUGAAUCAAAUCUCUCACAAAUCAAAAGGAUUGAUGAAGAAAUUAAAGAGUUCUUUUCGAAACCUAUAGCAAGACCUGCUGAAGACCCUACUGUCUCAGCAGGUGCUCCUCCUGAGUCAUUUACACAAUAUCAUGUAGAAAUAGAUGCCAUAAAAUAAUCGCCUUCAAAGACUCCAGUAUGACACUAACCGAAGUUUAAAUGCUCUUCGAGAUGAACUAAAGGAAGAAAUCUCUGACAAAAUUAUCCAAACUCAGUUUGAAAAUUUUGUAGAACCAAAGGAGCCUUCUAGUCCUCUCAAGAACAAAUCAGUAUCUUCAAAAGGUCUUCCUAACUUCCAGGUUAAGAGGCAGAUAGAGCAAAUGCAGGAAAAUCUGAAGGAGUUCCAAUCAAGAAUAGAUAAAAGAGUUAACAGUUUAAAAGUAGAACUUAAUUUCGACUCUUUAUACGGACUAAUUAAAGAUAGAGCAAUCACUGAAGAGGUAGAAGACAAGUUCAACAAAGUAGAUUCAAGAAUCAGAGGGAUUAAAGAAAACCAGUUAGACUCGAAGAAGGAUGUUGAAAGAAUAGAAGGAUGGGUCUUAACAUUAUCUAAAGCUACCUCGGAUAUUGAAAAGAUGAUAAAAACUAUCACACCUUUAGCAUUAAACAAAGAGCUUGAUUCAAAAUGUCUUUCUUGUGGUCAAGAAAAUUUAAAGCUCAAUAAGUCUUCAAAAUCUUCUUUGAAAAGGAUUUCUAGCCAGGGUCGUAAUCUCCAAAAAAUCUCUUCCACAAAAACUCCUCUCCACCCAUAUGCUGCAAUUGAAAAUUCUCUCUCUCGUGAAAACCUUGCAAUGAAGUUCUCUAUUGAUCUAAAUAAAACACGACCUCUUCCAAACCAACUCUCUCACCCUUCCGCCUACAACCCCCCACUCAACCCUGCUAAACCUCCCAAAAGAACCGCUCUUCCCAGUUCAGACCUGUACAAAAGAAAGUCAAAAUCCCGCCUCAGAUCCUACCUUGCUCUUAACUCCUCCAUCUAAACUCAAUCCGCC